AUGGUCAAUCUUAGGCUACUUCAGAUGAAUUAUGUGAAUUUGGAAGGGAGCUUCAAAUUUCUUCCUUCUGAAUUGAAGUGGUUACAAUGGAAAGGUUGUCCUCUGAAAUCUCUUCCUUCUGUUCUUUUCCUUCAAGGACUUGCUGGCCUUGAUCUUUCAAGGAGCAAAGUGGAAAGAUUGUGCAGUGGUAACAAGAAUAAGGUGGCUGAGAAAUUGAUGUUCCUGAAUCUAAGUGGCUGCAGUUCUCUAACUGCUAUUCCUGAUUUAUCAGGGAAUCAUGCCUUGGAAAAGCUUAUUCUUAAGAAUUGUGUUGGACUAAUCAAGCUCCAUGAUUCGAUUGGGAAUUUGAAUACAUUAGUCUACUUGAACUUGGAAGGGUGUGUAAACCUGGUUGAACUUCCAAGUGAUGUCUCCGGCCUGAGAAAACUUGAGAACCUAAACCUUUAUGGUUGCUCACAAUUGAAAAGACUGCCAAAAAACAUCGGAAGCAUGGUAUCACUAAAAGAAUUUGUCCUUGAUGAAACUUCUAUUGAAAGUCUACCCGAAACUAUAUUCCAUCUCACAAAACUUGAAAAGCUCAGCUUGAACCGGUGCAGAGCCCUGAAAGGGCUACCUGAGGAGAUUAGUAAGCUGUGUUCUUUGAAGGAGAUCUCCCUUAAUGAAUCCGGUUUGGAAAAGCUACCUGAUUCCAUUGGCUCUUUGGCAAACCUUGAGAUACUAAGUUUGUUCUGGUGUAGUUCACUGACCACUAUUCCUAACUCCCUUGGUAACCUCAAUAACUUAAUGGAAUUUUUUACUUACGGUACUCCAAUUGAAGAACUGCCAUUGAGUUUUGGUUUAUUAUCAAACUUGAAGGAAUUAUCAGUAGGACAUGGUCAUUUUCUGCAAGCACUACCAGAUUCCAUUGGAGGACUAAAAUCACUGGUUGUGUUAAAGAUAGAUGAGACAUCAAUCACAGGUCUUCCACAAGAGAUUAGUGCCUUGAAAACACUUGAGAAGCUUGAGCUAAGGAAAUGUAAAUUUCUUAGAUCAUUACCAGAAUCAAUUGGAAGCGUGAGGGCACUAACUUCUAUAAUCAUUACUGCAGCAGAUAUCACCGAGUUGCCUGAAUCCAUAGGGAUGCUGGAAAAUCUUACCAUGUUACAGUUGAACGGGUGCAAACAGUUCCGCAAGCUCCCAACAUCAAUAGGACAGUUAAAGUCCUUGAACCGAUUGCAGAUGAGGGAAGCAGCAGUGACAGAACUACCCGAAAGCUUUGGAAUGCUUUCUAGUUUGAUGGUUUUGAGCAUGGCGAAGAAGCCUCAAAAUGGGAAACAUAUAGAAGAAAACUUUAUACUUCCAGCUUCUUUCUCAAAUCUGUCCCUGCUGUAUGAACUGGAUGCUCGUGCUUGUAAUAUAUCUGGUGAAAUUUCUGAUGAUUUCGAGAAGUUAUCAUCACUUGAAACUUUGAAUCUCAGCCGUAAUAGUUUCUGCCGCCUUCCAGCCAGCCUGAGUGGCAUGUCCGUGCUCCAAAAACUUUUAUUGCCUCAUUGUAAAAAGCUCAGGUCUCUGCCUCCGCUUCCUUCAAGUUUGAAAACGGUGGACAUUGCAAACUGUACUGCAUUAGAACGUAUCUCUGAUGUUUCCAACCUGGAAAACUUGACUGAGCUGAACCUUACAAAUUGUGCGAAAGUUGAGGAUAUUCCAGGUCUUGAAUGCUUGAAUUCCUUGACGAGUCUCUUUAUGACUGGUUGCAACGCUUGCUCGUCAGUUGUUAAGAAAAGACUCGCAAAAAAGAGCCACUUGAGGAGAAUUCGGAGUCUUAGCAUGCCUGGAAGCAAGAUACCAGACUGGUUUUCUAAAGAUGUGAUUACAUUCUCAGGACGGAAAAACCGCGUUCUUAAAGAAUUGAUUAUAGGUGUUGUAGUUUCUCUCAACCAUCAAAUACCAGAUGACCUACGAGAAGAACUCCCUGCUGUGGUAGAUAUUCAAGCAAAGAUCCUCAUACUGAAUUCUCCUACCUUCACAUCAGCGUUGGCCUUAUCUGGAGUCCCCAAUACAAAUGAAGAUCAAUUUUACUUGUGCAAGUAUCGAAAUAAUCAACCUUUGGUAUUCCAAUUGAAGGAUGGUUAUACGAUACAUGUAGAAAGGAGAGAGCCACCUUGUGUGAAAGGGGUGGAGCUGAAGAAGUGGGGGAUUCAUUUGGUGUAUGAAGGUGAUGAUGAUUACGAGGGGGACGAAGAGUCACUGAAAGAAAGCCAUCAAUCCCUUUCAGAAAAACUGGCCAAGUUCUUCGGCUCUUUUGAUGAUGAAGAAGCUGACUUCACCUCCGGUAUUGAACAAGAUGAUUGCAUUUCUGCAACUAGAGAUGGUGAAGAUGAAGGAUUGCCAAUGGCACAAGAAAUUAGAGAAAGUGAACAAAGAAUAUGGUUACAUCAUGAUCGCCAUUACUUCGUUUCUUUCUUCCUAGUGCUUUCUCUCUCGUCUUUCUAUCUUUGA